AUGGAUCGUGGCGCCAGUCCGGCCAAUUCAUUGCGCGCAGCGAUCAUAGCUGCCAGCGCUGGCAUACUGUCGGGCAGCGAACACCCGGAUGUCCCGGCUUUACGUGGAUGUCUGCAGUGCUGGGGUGAACCAGGCCGGCCUGACGGUCAGGAAUAUGCCCGAGUACGUCUACUCUACGUUUUGCCCUUACUACGCUGUGCCUACUCGACGAAGGACUGCGUUGCCGAGGGCGACGUGGCCUGGUUCCAGCAGUACGACGAAUGCCGAGGCUUUGAUAAAGAGUUCACCUUCUACAACGAAUGCGAAAAAAGCGAUGUCAUCAACGAACUGAUUAGGGAUCGCUACAUGGUACGCGACGUGCUAUGGGGAAUAUCGCUAGUGUUCAUUCUACCUGCGAUCAUCAUCUUUCUAUCGUACAGGCAGCUGCGCACGCGCAAUAACAUCGUACACGUCAACUUCUUCACGGCUCACUUGCUCAGCUCUUUGUUCUUCCUCAUCUAUGACGUCACCAUCAGCUUGGAUGCCCUAGACGGACAGUCAGGCACCUCGACAGCGGACGGAGGAGUCGGCUGCGUCAUCUUCACCGUACUAGUUCACAAGUACCUGCGGCUGACCAGCUACGCGUGGAUGUUCUGCGAGGGCUUCCAUCUGCAUCAGCUCAUCGCUGCUGCCUUCCAGAAGACCAGCAUGCCAGCGCUCUACAUCAUAGGAUGGGUUUUUCCGGUGGUGCCCGUCAUUAUCUACGUCAUCUUACGCGCCACCAACCCCAACUACGAUGCUUGGUGCUGGGCGGCUCCAGCGGGAGGCCUUGAGUGGAUUAUUACGUCAUGUAUCAUCGCCGCGUUCUUCGUGCAUGCCUGUCUGAGACGCACACUGUAUCACAAGUUCCCGUCCAUGAGACCCGUUCCAAAGGGCAGACCAUCCGUUUCCGGCACACAGGUCACGAACGAUUACUCGAUGACGCAACCACCAAAUAAUAAUGAAGAAGCGCCGAAAAAUCCGCCAGCCGCACAGACAAAGUUUUGA